AUGUUACUUAAAUUAAAUAAAGAUAAAUCAAUUACAAAGGGCUUGGGCGAUAAAAUAUAUGAAAAACGUAAGGCUACGGCUCUAGAAUUAGAAAAAUUGGUUAAACAGUAUGUAAAUGCUAAUAAUUGGGAACCAGUCGAUAAGAUUAUAGAUGAACUUUGCAGAGAUUAUGCAUAUGCUUUACAUCAGCCGAUGGCAAGAAACGCAGGCUUGAUUGGUUUGGCUGCUACCUCUAUUGCAUUGGGAAUGAAUAAUAUAGGCAGAUACCUCAACCACAUAUUACCACCUGUACUGGCAUGCUUUGGUGAUCAAAAUGAUCAAGUAAGGUUUUAUGCCUGUGAAAGUCUUUAUAAUAUUGCAAAAGUAGCAAAAGGAGAAAUUUUAUUAUAUUUCAAUGAGGUAUUUGAUGUCCUUUGUAGAAUAAGUGCUGAUUCUGAAAGUUCUGUCAAAGGUGCUGCAGAGUUAUUGGAUAGGUUAAUAAAAGAUAUAGUAGCAGAAAAGGCUUCAAAUUACAUCAGCAUCGUUAAUAAUAACCCACAACUUCUUCCACCGUCAACAAAGACUGAUUUACAAACAGGGAAUGUUUAUCAAGAACAGUAUGAGCAAGGUGAUAAAUUGGCAUUUUCUUUACCAAAAUUUAUUCCAUUAUUGACAGAAAGAAUAUAUGCAAUAAAUCCUGAUACUAGAGUAUUUUUAGUGGAUUGGCUUCGAGUGUUAUUAAACACCCCUGGCUUAGAACUUAUAUCAUUUUUACCAUCAUUUCUAGGAGGGCUUUUCACAUUUUUAAGUGAUACUCACAAAGAUGUUAGAACAGUAACACAUUCACUUUUAAAUUUAUUAUUAACAGAGGUUAAUAGAAUUUAUAAAUUAAAAAGGUCUAUUAGAAAAGAUCAAUUAAUUCAGGAGAACAUUUUGAAUUCUAAAGAAGCAGACGAUAAUACCAGCCACCAAGAUUCGCAGUCUAGAAAGUUAGAUGGUGCACUAAUUGCUGAAAGAAAAAAGUCCUUAAUGCUUGCAUUUACGAAAUUAUCGAAUGAUAAUAUUAUUAGCUCAAAUAGUGAGACUGGUAGUAAUCAUACCCAUCCAUCAACUCCAACUAUGUCAAACAAUAAUCAGGUGAGUGAGGAGCCUUUGGACAUGAGUGAAAAAUCAGAUAGCUAUCAAGGCGAACCAAACAUUGUCACUGAAACACCUAUACGCGAUGGUGAAGAAUACAUUUUGGGACAAGAUAUUCAUUUGAAUUUCCCUGAUAUUAUUGAAAUUCUAAUAAAUAAUUUAGCCUCGUCUGAAUCUGAGAUUCAACUAGUUGCACUAUGCUGGAUAGAUGCCAUACUAUCCUUAUCAUAUCAAGAUUUUAUUCCAUUUUUGGCCAAUAUUUUAUCUUUAUUAUUAAAACUAAUUGGCGACUCUGAUGAACAAAUAAGCGGCAGUGCUUACACAAUUAAUAAAAAAUUUAGAUUGUUAUGCAGUGAUUACGAUAAUUUAAAAGAAACCAAAAUAUCUUACGGCUCUAUUGUUAACAGUUUGACUUUACAGUUUUUUGACGGCAAAGUCGAUGCAAAGAUAGCAUGUUUGGAUUGGUUACUUUUAAUAUAUCGCCAAUCACCUAGUCAAUUGAUUGAACAUAAUGAGAGCAUGUUUCUCACACUCUUAACUGCUCUAUCUGAUAAUGAUGCUAGGCUAAUUGAUCGAGCUCUGACUUUGUUACAUGAAUUAUGUUCCGACUCCAAUGAAUCAUAUUUGAAGAAGUUUAUUCAAGAUCUUCUAAAUUUAUUCAAAAGAGAUUUAAAAUUAUUCAAAAAAAGAGGUAAUUAUAUCAUGAAACAAGUAUGUGCUAGUCUGUCCCCUGAAAGAAUUUACAAGGUUGUGUCUUCGGUUUUAGACACUGAAAGUGACAUAACAUUUGUGAAAAUGGUAAUUCAAAUUUUAAGCACUAACUUAAUAACUGCAAAUGAAGUAAAACCAUUAAGGAAUAAAUUAAGAACGGGUGAAGAAUCAUUAUUUUUCAAUAUGCUAUUUAAAUGGUGGUGCCAUAAUCCCAUUUCGGUCCUUUCUCUUUGUCUAGUUUCAGAAAACUAUGAAUUAGCCUAUUCAGUUUUACAAUCCUUUGUUAACUAUGAUUUAACUGUUACAGAUAUUGUUCAGUUAGAUGUUUUGGUUCAAUUGUUGGAAUCUCCUGUAUUUACUAGAAUGAGAUUACAAUUAUUAGAGAAUCAAAAAUAUCCAUAUCUUUGCAAAUGUUUAUAUGGUAUUUUGAUGGUACUGCCUCAGUCUAAAGCAUUUGAUAUUUUAAAUAAAAGGUUAAGUUGCAUGAACGGUGUCUUUUCCCAAUCUUCUCCUACAUAUUCUACCUCAUAUAGAAAUUCCUCUCAUACUAGUAUUAAUUCUGAAUCCACAACACGCUCAGUCAGUAACAGUAAACAUCAUUAUAAUGAAUUGUUGGAUCAUUUUAAUAAGGUACGUUUAUCAGAGGAAGCAUCAAACGGCAAAGAUGUUGUUUUUGAAACAAAAGUGCCUUCAUUUGAUAUAGAAUCUACUUAUCAGCAUUCACUGACACGUAAACUGCCAGCGAAUGAGAACAAUAACAGUAUUGGAAAUGGAACCCACCCAAUUGUCAAAAUUGACACUAAUGACAAUGAAGAGAAUAAUUCAGUAAUCUUUCGAAGCAGCACAACAAGUAAUAUGUCUCGGUCUGGUGGCGGUAAUUUUUAA